CGGCCCUUCCCAAACUGCGGGAGCGCCGCACCGCCCACAGCCCCGCCGGGCAGCAGCGCGGGCAGCGGCAGCAGCGCGGGCAGCGCGGGCAGCACCGGACAGCGCCGGCGGCCCCGCGGGCGGCAGCGCGGGCAGCACCGGACAGCGCCGGGCCAGACUCCCCUUUUGCUGACAGCACCUUGAGCGGAGAGAUGAACCCCACCGUCAGCAUCGCUGUCAUCCUGACAGUGCUCCAGGCUGCCCACUGCCAGAUGAUCAAGGACCUGAGUGCCUGUCUGCUGGGCCAGAGCCUCCGGGUGGACUGCCGUUAUGAGAACAAAACCAGCAACCCCCUGACCUAUGAGUUCAGCAUCACCAAGGACAACAGGAAGCAUGUCAUCCACAGCACCAUCAGCGUCUCUGAAAAUGUCUACCGAAGCCGAGCCAACGUCACCAUGCACAAGAACCUGGUGUGCCUCUACCUGCAGAGCUUCACCACCAGUGAUGAAGGUGUCUACAUGUGUGAGCUGAAGGCCACCAACGACUACACUGGCAACCAGAUAAAGAACAUCACUGUCAUCAAAGACAAACUGGAGAAAUGCGCCGGCUUCAGCCUCUUGAUCCAGAACACUUCGUGGCUCCUGCUGCUUCUCCUUUCCCUGCCUCUGCUGCAAGCCGUGGACUUCGUGUCCCUGUGAAAGGAAAAGCACACACACACACGCACACGCACGCACACACGCACACACGCACACACCGAGUACCCCAGCAAACCUGCCUCCCCCGCCAGAACGCAGCCCUUGGAAAGAGAAGCUGAACCAUUUGGAACAAGUGAAAACUCUCUGUGUUAUCUCUAUAUAGCCGUGUAUCUAACGCUAACCACCGUCCUGUGCCGAGACCCACCAUUACACGCACACAUGCCCUGCUCCGAAGCAUGGUGGCUCCGCUAGGCAGCGUUGCUUCUCCCAUCACACCUCCCCUGCUCGGUAGGCUGGCUGGUUUGCUCGUGCUGGGAGCACUGGAGUCUCAGCCCCGCACAGCCUGCUUCUCCCAUCCCUUUAACUUUUGGGGUUUGCCUGUUCUGAACUGGGGAAAGACAGCUGGACUGGCAGGUAAGAGACAGAGAUGAUGCGAGAGCGUGCAGAGGGGUCCCCGUGCCGGGUGCUGUGCCCACAGCCCCUGGAGGGGAUGAGGCUGCCGGUGUCCCUGACCCACCCUGCCCACCAGCCAGGUGACUUGCUGAUGCCUCAGCCUGCUCCUCUCGGCCUGAAUCACCCCGAGCUGCCGCGACUGGGAGAGGGCAAGGCAAGCCCUGGCUCAGAGCAAGCAGGGAAGAGACAGAGGGACCAGGGGAGGCACGGGAUGAUGCUGGGCCUGGCCAGGCUGUGAGGAGAGCGGGGAGCAGGUCUGGGAGACACCCAUCAAAUGCCCCUGCCUCCGCAGUGCUCUUCUGGGGCUCUGGGAGGGGGGCUCACUGCAAACGUGCUUUGGCAACAAGUUUUUCCUAAUCUGUUUUUUGUAGCUGGGCUGGAAGCAAGGCCUCCUCCAGACAUCACCUGGCACCUUUGGGCUGCCCGAGCCAGCGACACCACUCGCUCUCCUCGGGGACCAGCCCUUAGCUGUGACGAGAGAAUUGCUGCCAGCCCCCACGCGCAGUGGAGGCAAGCAGAGCCUCUCUGAGCUAGCCACAGCCCUGCCUUCACCCCUUCUCCCCUCCCCAAGGCCCCCAGAGCUGGACUGAGGCAGCGGUGGGGAGGGGGCUCCCCUACGGGAGCCUGCACAGGGAUUCCUCUGCACCAGCACCCUGUGUUCCCCAAGGGAGCACCUGGGGGCCCCAACCCCUCCAGGCACGCGUCCCGGUGCCUGGCGUGGGUAGGUUCAGCAAUCUUCCUCCAGUCCCACCAUACCGCUGGGAGGAGGCCGUGUGCCCCCUCCCUUCUAGCAUUUCCCUGUCUCCAUUUAAGAGCAGAAAAGGGCCUACAGGCAGCCCAGCUCCUGGCCACCACCUCAGUAAGGCCAGGACCUCCUCAGGGGGCAGCAGGAGCAGGGAAAGGGAUGCUGAGGCCAGCCCAGGUGCGCCCUGAUGCCCCGCAGGACCCCGAGGAGCUGGUGGGCUGCUGCCCCGGUGUCCCCAAAACCUGGCAGCUCCCGGGCAAGGAGCAGCCCAGCCGGCUGUGGGAGAGAGACCGUAGGGACAGCCCUGCUGUGCCCUACGCAGGGGAGGGCAUGGGGGCAGGGGGAGAUGCAGGUAGGGGCAUCGGGGGCCGUGGGGUGAACCCCAGCCCUGCUGAGCUACCCGUGCAGCGUGGGCUGUGCCACCAGGGCUGAGAGCAAUUCACAGCAGCGGCUCCCCACUCCUUGCUCUUCUCCAGACACCAUGAGCUGCCUCCUACCCCUGUGCCCAUUCCUUGCCCAUCCCUGCCUGCUUGCUUGCUGUCUAGUGCUGCUGAGGCCACAUAUAGCCGAGGCCUGGCUGUGCCCAGCUCCCUGGGUUUGCUGGUGGGCACCGGGGCGGGCGCAGAGCCCAGCCGGCAGAGCACGGAUGCGUCUCGAGUCUCAUUUUUUUGUGAACAUUUGUAGUUGUUUCCACAGCUUGUCAUAAAAGAAAUUCUGUUCAGGGGGAUAAAAAAAAAAAAAGAACCCUAUGAAAAGCAACAACAAAAAACCCCUGUCCUCCGGGAGUGUUCCUCUGUCUGCACAAUAAAACCCUAGGUUGUGUGUUGAA